CAACUCUCAUAAGUCGUUGCAACAACCUUAUGAUUCAAAUCAACGUGCAUUGUUCCAUGGUACUUUCUCCUCCUUUUGUUGCGUUUAUUUGCGAUGAGUGAGUUUAGUGUCGUGCUUGGGCUCAUCAUGUUCUGGCUGACUUUGGUUGGAACCUCAAAAUUUAUCUUCUUUUGUCCUUGUUAUCUCUUGGAGAAACUUCUUGAAGAAGAAACAAACUUUUAAAGAAAGCCAUAACUCAGCUUUAAUUGCAUCAUUGAAGUGUUACAUUACAAAAAGUACGUUAAUGUUGUAUUGAAGUACAACCAAAAACGUUAAAGAUCAAACCUUAACUUUUAAAAUCUUACGUUACUUCUCGUUAAUUUUUCUCACUCAAUAUAAACUCCAUUCAUCGAAUGGAAUCUCAUAAACAGAUAAUGACACUAUAUAUAUAUAUAUAUAAAAAAAAGAUGCCAAACCAAAUUCAAAAAUCUCUUCAAGAUUACAUCUCAAAGAUGAAGCAGAAACCCAAUUCACAGAAUCAAUUUCCACCAACACCAAGAUCCAUUUCUUCAUCAACUAGCUGGAUUUUAAGAGGAUGCAAGCACCCCAGGACUCCAUCUUUUUCAUCAUCAUCUGAUCAAAACAAGAACAACGGAAAAGAAAGCAAGCAACACAGUAACGCUACUUCUGAUCAUGAUGCAGGGGCAGCUACAUUAGCAGAUGUAGAUCGUUUUCUGUCCGAGAAUUUCAAAACACUUUACGAAAAUCAAGAAGAAGAGCAAGUUCAAGACGUUACAGAGAUGAUGAUCAAGACCAGAAUUGAUGAUGAUCAUCAGGCGGAAAAAGAAGAAAGCCUCAUUGAAAUCAUUCCCAUUUCAGGGAGGAUGCCUGCUCGGAGAAUCAAUCCUCGUCCUCGCCGGUCAUCGUCUGACCGUGUUUAUACACCCCCGCCAGCGGCUGCUUCCGCUGGUUCGAUCUCUUCCGAUGACGUCAGCUCCACCUCUACUACCACCGCCGGCGGGGGCGGGAAGGCGGAAACAGAGCAGUUGAGCCCUGAUGAUUUCAUCACGGUGCUGACGUAUUCUCGCAACCCAUAUGACGAUUUUAAGAACUCCAUGCAGGAAAUGAUCGAUGCAAGGUUGCAGCAUAAUGGGAAAAUUAACUGGGAAUUCAUGGAGGAGCUCUUGUUUUGCUACUUGAAUCUGAACGAUAAGAAAUCACACCGGUUUAUUCUCCGAGCUUUUGUUGAUCUGGUAGUAACUUUAUGUGAAAAUCAAGGCUGCGUUGUCCCGGCACCCCGCAAAGCAGCCGCAGAAUUUUCCGUCCAAAGCCAGCAGAAGGUCGAUGAGGAAUAUUGGUUAAAAUUCAUUGGAAUGCAGAUGAAUUAUUGUCACUUUUUUUUUUCCUCUCUUUUUGGUAACUUUUCAAAUCAGACAUUGUCCAUAAACAGUUAUUAAUCCAGUGAAAUGGUGACUGACAGCAGAAAAGGCACAACCCCGGGAUCUAAAAGGACAGUAUAUAUAUGCACAACCUCUGUUUAUUUCGUGAAUAACAAAAGCCGAACACAAGAAUUGGACUCGCAUCGAACCUGGGAACAGAUCAAACGAAAACAGAUACAAGGAUGGAAGUUGUAAGGCUUAGAGCUCGAAUUUAUAUAAACUAUUUCCAAAUAUACUACUGCGAUCAAUUUGGGAGCUGCAAGUUUUACAGUUGGGUCCUUUACAUAUAUUCCUGCACUAAGUUACAAAAUGCAGCCUAUACAGGCUCUGCCUCAUAAUUAAUAUUUACAGUUGCUCCUAUGCAACAGCCAUUCCCACUAUUAAGAGACUCCUCCAAAAUCAUUACUUAUCAGUCAGCUAUUAGAAUUGACAGCCCUAUUGCCACAAACCCCAAGAAACUGCAUUUGCAUGGCGCUCUACUUGAUUUGGACGAAAACUUUCUGCCACGGAACUCUUCAACUUCAACGGUUGGAUUCCUUAACAUGUAAACCAUUAGCAGGAAUCAGAUAUUGAUGAUUCUCCCCUUCGGUCUCUAUUUUUCUUUUUAAAUUUUUUUUCCUUUUUAACUAUGCCUUUCAGAAGUUCAAAUGGUUUCAUGGAGUGUAAACAUUACAUCCAAAAAGAGAGUAACAGAUCUUUCAGAAUCGCAGCAGUUUUCUGGUAUGAUGCGUUCAAAAGAGAAUGUGUGAGAUAUCAAGGUUAUAGAAUAGGAAUGAGAAAAGUGACCGUGAACUUAAUAAUUGUUCUCUCAGCUAAGAAUCAGUGAAACUGGAUAUAAGUUGCUUAGAGGUUUUCUUUAUGAUUAAAGAA